GGGCCAGUAGAAUACUCCGCGUUGAAAGAUCCAGAGGUUAGACUUGGAGGGAGAAUUCACAUAUCUUCAUACUGGCUCAUCGAUCUAAAUUUGCGACAUGUCUCACAUUCUAGCAGAUGCAUGAAGAUCGCAACAGGUGAUUUAGAACAGCUGACAGCGAAAGUGUUUCCAGCAACAGAGGGUUCCACUUUAUUCACGACGGAGAGAGAGAGGGCGAGAUCAAUGUUGGCAGUUUCUACAGCAAGGAUCUCACACUGAGUACACCUCUGUUGUUCGAGAAGCACGUGCUGAAAAGGUCCCUUGGCUCAGGUUAUCCGCAGAAUUUAAAUUUGUGUAAUGCGGAUCAUGGAAAAAACUGGUUUUGACAGAUCUAAAUUGACCCACCCACGAUAAUCCCUAGCUUUUAAUGGAAUCGCCUACCAUGUACGGAGGAUUUUGAUUACGCAGGGUUCAGGCUUUGUGAAAGCAUUUCGAAGCUAAAAGUUAUAAGAUCCGCAAAUCCUUCCUGAAUUCUAUUGGAGAUCUCCCAGAACGUUCUGUGUCGAUCCAAAGAGCACUUCCGUGUAGCUAAGCUGAUCCCUUAAGAACCUUUUUUUUCCGCACAUGGCGUAACUAACAUCCCGUAACUAUCUAGACCUAAAAGCGACGCUUUGGAUAGAUGUAUCACUGUAACUGUUUUAUAAGCGAGGAUUUGUAAGGUACUGUUCAAUUACAGACACAGCAACUGGAACUGUGUUUAUAACGCUGGCCGGUUUAUGUCACUACUUCUGUUGCUGUCUACGUCAAAAAUUGCAACAUUUCUAUUAUAAUAAGACUCACUUCUUUCGUACUAAAAACAGGGAAACGAGAAAGGCCAAAGGUCUAAUUUAAGUUGUAGAGUCUUAGAGGUCUGCAAAGAUGGCUGAGCAACACGAAAAGGCCUUCCAGAAGCAGGAUGCCAUCUUCAUUGGCUCCAAGCGCACCGUCGCUGGCAAGAAGUCCGGCAAGUUGGUAAGACACUGAUAGAUCUUAUUUUCGAUGUGGUUUCCGUCUCUCAUCAAGUGGAAUAGAAGUUCGCAAGCUACUUAGAACUUCAAUAUUUAGUUGCUAGACACAACCGUGAUGACUAAAUUCUAUGGUCUUCAAAGUUUUCUGACUGCUACUCAGAAUGGAGACAAAAAGAAUCUGCACCAGAACUGACUUCAGAAACUUCGAGUUUAGAUUUCUGGGGACCUUGUGGUUGAAACCCUUAUUUUUUGUUCCGAUGGAUGUGCGCUCGUGUGAUGACGAAAUUCUAUGGUCUUCAAAGUUUUCUGACUGCUACUCAGAAUGGAGACAAAAAGAAUCUGCACCAGAACUGACUGCGCGUUUCCAUAUGUAUAGACUUUAGAGCUCGUACUGAUCUAUUCCUGUACAGACAAUCCUACCAGAUCUAAAACCACACGGCAUUAAGGCCGGCCAAAGGUAUUUUCUUUUAACAACGUGGCAGCACUCCUUUUUUCAAUUUUUGUUAUCCCGAAUACAGGUUCGCUACUGGAAGAACGUCGGUCUGUCAUUCCAGACCCCGCGUGAGGCCAAGGAGGGCCGAUACGUGGACAAGAAGUGCCCGUUUACCGGAAACGUUUCUAUCCGCGGAAAGGUCUUGAAGGGAAUGUGCAUCUCUGCCGGAAAGAUGAAGAACACCAUCGUUAUGCGCCGAACUUAUUUGCAUUACAUCAAAAAGUUCAACCGAUUCGAAAAGCGCCACACCAACAUUCCGGUUCAUGCUUCCCCGUGCUUCGAUAUCAAGGAAGGUGAUAUCAUCACUGCCGGACAAUGCCGCCCGCUCUCCAAGACGGUACUAUCCGAUUUCCUUUUUGACUGUGUUUUUCGAACAAUCUUCAUGUUGCUUUCGAUGAAUCUAGAAACGACCAUACUGAUCGUCCUCCUUUGAACCCUUCUUUGGAAAAACACGAUACCGUUUGACUCUUAAGAACAUUAUCGAAAGACGUGACUUGCGUCCUCUUUCUUCACCUUGACCUCCUUCACCGCAAUCUUUCGAAAAAAAAACUCAGGUCCGAUUCAACGUGUGCAAGGUCGAAGCGAACCAGAUCUUUGGUUCCGCUCGAAAGCAGUUUCGUCUUUUCUAAGUUGGCUAAGACGCACUUUCUAAGGAAGCCUUUGAUCGAAAUCCGAGGUAAAAGCGAUUAUUUCCCGGGGGACUGUGAUGAUCGUGUCCGACGGUCCAGCUGUGUUUUAUGUUUGUCGGAUUGAAUAACUAUUCACCCCCCUGGUGACAUGGGGAAGAACCCUACACACGGAUGAUUCAGCCUGGUAUUCGCGCUUUACUGUCAGAUCUCGUAGACAAUGGACCUCCUUUCUACAACU